GGCGGCUGGCCUAUAUAACCCGUCCACAGCCCAUCAGCCUCAGUUCACACGCUGACUCCAUCACACCACCAUGAACACCAAGGUCUUCCUCCUGCUGGCCAUGGCCGCCCUCGCCGCUGCUGACUUUGGCUAUGGCAGGCCCGACAGUCGCUCCUUCGAGUCCUACGAGUCCGGCGAGUCCACCGAGGCCAAGUACGCCUUCCAGUGGUCCGUGGAGGACGAUUCCACCGGCAACGACUUCGACCACCAGGAGGCCCGUGACGGCGACGACACCCAUGGCGUGUACACCGUGAGGCUUCCCGACGGCCGCCUGCAGACCGUCACUUACAUCGUGGACGGUGACGACGGCUACGUGGCCGACGUCAAGUACGACGGCGUGGCUCGCUACCCCGACUCCUACUCCCGCGAGUCCUUCGAGUCCCGCGAAUACCGCCCACCCAGGCCCGCCUACUAUUAUGGCUCCAACGAGUCCAAGUAAACAAACAGACCAACGUGAACAAGCCUCCUGCUGGCCACUCGACCUUCUCCACCAAGACUUCUAUUUAUUGUCCCUCUCAUUGUUGACAAUGAGAACCUUUACAUUAUUUAUUGACAAAUAAACUAUGCAAAUAUUA